AGACAGAGAGAGAACUGUUCUUUGUGUGUUGAUGUGUUUGUCUGUGUUUUGGAACUGAUUGUCUCUUUUUUUCGUUACUUUCAGAGUUGCAUCGGCCGCGGCCACUGACACAACGUUUACACUCGCUAAGAGAAUAGUUGGUACGAAUACAUCGUUGACGACAAUACUGAACGAUAUAUUCACUCUUUCGCAUCGCUUCGACAAACAACAUAAAAUCUUACACACUGUGCGUUCUUCUUUUAUUUUUUUUACUUUGCGUUUGCUUUUUUCGCUUUUUACAUUGAUUUAUUGAUCGGAUUCGAUUGAAAAUCGAUUUGAGUAAACUUUAUUGUGCAUGUCAUUUCAUCAAUCGUGUACAAUUAAAAGUUAAAUAUUAAAACAUUCAAACGAAGAUGAGACGGGAAUAAAAAAACAUAAACCUAGUGUGGUGUUUGAUUAUAGUAAAGAAACAGCAUACUGAAAGAAAGCAAUAUCAAUCGAAAGACCAAAAAGAAAUUAAUUCUGCUUUUCAUUCAUCCGAACUGAAUUGUGAAUAAGUUGUUUUGUUUUGCAAAUUAUAUUUGCUUAAAAUUGAGUGAAAUAAUCGAACAGGGCGUCGCACCCAAAGAGCCGACUAUUUUUUUUUUAUUGUGUGCAUCGAAUUAUCAUGUUUACCAAUUGAUUUGUUGGACGAAAUCGAUUCCACCAAUUUCAAUUGAUGACACGUGAUUCAGACGAAUACCAAUUUUAUUGAUAUUGACACGAUCGUGCUUGCAUCAGCUAGCGACGGCACACGGCCAUCACACAUACAUACACAUACAAAUAUUCUUCUCAACUCAUAUUCAUAACAGUAAUAAUCGGUUUACCGACACACCGAAUCAUAUGAAAAGGGGCUGCAGUAAAUAAACAAACGUCGAAUAGAACGGAAUAUAAAACGUAUCAAUAGCACAAUCGAAACGACCGUACAUACACAUUCGGUGUACGUAGCUUGAUCGGAACGCAACGCGCAGAGUGAGCGACGAAGCAGAAGCACAUCCAACAAGCAACCAACCAACACCAGGAGAGUGGAAUAAAAAAAAAGCUAACAAACUAUCCGGAGAGUGGUUAACACUUGCAAGAGCGCAACACGACAAUCAAGCGACACACAAUGCCACUAUAAUCUCUACCCUCGGCAUUCGCGUUUGUUCUGUUAAGUGAGUCAGAUCGAGAGAAAGAGAUCUCUCAAGCACGGGUUUGCUUAAACAAAGUUGACUUUUUCAUCUCUCCGUUGAGAAAAAAAAUCACAUCAAAAUUUAUUACGACUUUUUUUCCGCUUUUCCUUUUCCAAUGAAUAAAUUGUUGUAGUUUUCGAAAUUUAAUCGCUCUCAUUCACUCGCAUACACUCGGUACCCGUGUUUUGUGUGUGAGUGUGUUUUCUUUUUCGUACGAGAAAACAAGAACCGAAUAAGAAACGUUCUUCCCCGGCGAAGAUUUUAGCGCGCGCGAGAGAGCAAGAUACCGUGUGUGUAUUAUACACAGAAGUUUUGAUGUGUACACCAUAUGUAUGUAUUCGGUCGAUGAGCUGUGAAUGACUAACUCUCGACGAAAGCGCAAGUUAUUUCGAUGCAUUCAGUGUUUGAACAACAAAACGGAGCUAAACACAUUUUGGAGAGUUUAAGAAUAUUGAGCUCGCGUCUUUUGCACGGCAAAUGACUCACAGAUUAUGUUAUCCCCGCAAUCGGUUAAGUGAAUUUGAAGUGUGCUGUUUUGCCUUCGAGUGAAGAAAAGUGAAAAGAAGUGCGAGAAAGAAAAAAUUAAAUAAAAAACGAACCCGAACCGCACAGUCAACGGAAUUGUGGUUGAUUUUAUCACAAAAAUAAAUAAACGUAAACCGCAGCUGUGGAAUUUGAAUUCAUCGUUGCAAUUUUAUUGAUAAACUAGAGUUAUAACGUUCGAUAACGUGUGUGUAUUCGCGCGCGCGGUUCGUUUUGUUGUUAUUAUUACAUUUUGUUGCUAUUUUUCCUGGCUACAUUUUCGUGCAAAGCGAAGGAAACAAAAAGACGAACGAAUCUGGAUUGAAUUUCUUACAGAGCCAAGCGAAAUCGAGUUGAGGAAAAGCGCUGAAUAAGUGUUAUCGAUUGGACGAAAAGACAUAAAACGGCGAACGAACAAACAAAACGACAAAGCAAGACACUAGCAAUAAAAUAGAGGCGGCGAAAAAUAUUGUGUGCUGAUAAGGAAACAAAGUGCAUGUGUUACUGAAACGAAAGAAGAAGAAGAAGAAGAAGAAGAAGAAAAAACAAUAAAAUAAAUAUGCAAGAAAUGCAAUCAUCGAAUUGUCGACGAUACGGUAUCAUGGCCCAAAUGUGGGUCGUAAGUGCAAUUCUUUUGCUGACAAUCGCUGUUUUCAACAUCAAUGCGGAACAACACAUCGAACUGAGUGUACCCCGUGCUCAUUUUGCCGACGAUGGUUUGCAGGCUGAACCCGCUGGACCAAUGACACACUCUGACGAUGCUCAACGACACUCCCUGAAAUUAGCAACAUACAAAAAGGAGUUGUUAGGAUGCCCGCAUACGGCCAAGAAAAUCAUGUUGUCGUUGAUUCUGCGAACCAACAGCUGGGAUGACAUUAUUGAUAACAAACGUGAUCGAGCACUAAGUAAAUUGUCGAAAUUGUUCAACGUUCCAAAGGAUUCGAUGGUCACAACCAAUAUUAUUCAACGAGAAAUUUCGGAAAUGGAAAAGAAUUCAGUGCAAAAAGGCCAGCAUGUACCAAAAAGUGACCGUAAACGUUUCGGAAAACUUGAAUUUGUGAUUGGUUGCAGCGAUUACUUCACGACCGGCAGCACAAUUGCCAAACGUAUGUCGCGUCAAAUGGAAGAAAAUUUAAUUAGCGAAGCGUCCGGAUUGAAUUUUGACUGGUGGUGCAUUUGGGAAAAACAGCCAAAUUACCGAACGCCGCGAAGCAAACGUGAUACCGACAACGCGAACGAUGGUUUGGGCGAAGAAGACGACGACGACGAUUACUAUUAUGAUGAUGAAAAUGAAACACCCGAUGAACCGGUGACCGAAGUAAAACCAGCAGUCGAAGAACACGAUGAACAUCCACACCGACACCAUCAUGGCGACGAGUCGCUUUCGAAAAAAGAUCGCAACGAAAAGUUAAUGAGUGAAAAACUAACCGCUUUUGAUUCGACCGUUGUGAAAGCGGCUGAUCGUAACAUCAUCGAUUUGAAGAUGCAACAAACGAAUGCCAAGCCAAUUGAAACGCAAACCCUGGCCAGUCAACAGUCAUCGAUUCAGGAUGAAGUGACACAAUUGAAAUCGGUCAUUACAAAAACCAUUGAAAAUAACAAUGAAAAUGUCAAAGAAGUGGAACAAGAGCUGAAAAAAAUUGAGAACGAACGCAAAGCGGCCACUGAAAAGGUCAUUUUGACGGAUUCAUUCGAUACAAACAAUGAUUUUGAGCCAAUUGUUGAAACAUUCUCCGAAGAUGAUGCCAUUGUCAUCAAGCCCAAACAAAUGACUGAUGUGCGUCCAGCCGAAGCACAAGAAAGUGAUUAUGUUAUCGAAGACAAUACGGUUAAAAAUGGAAAACUGGCCACUGUUGACAUUGACAAUGAUAAACAAAAGACAGCUAUAACCACCACUACCGUCGGUGUGGCCAAGCACAACGAACCGAUCAUUUAUACAUCGAACGAAUUCGACAAUAGCAAUAUAAAUAAUAAUAAAGGCUUCGAUGAUGUUACGAUAAGUCUCGAUACAGUAAAGUCAUCAUUGGAUGUAACACAGCCAACAUUGCCAUCGUCAUCAUCGUCAUCAUUAUCUUCAUCAUCAACUGCUACAUUCAUAACCACCAAAAUCAUCUCACAAGAAACACCUUACAUUUCGACGACAUCAAAACUAAAUGCCGACACAACCGAAUCACAAUCAACAACAUUUUCGACAACCGUCGGCCAAGUGUUGGUCAACUCGCCCGUUUCGGUUACAAACAAAAUUGAAUCGGUCGCCGUCACCAAUGUGCCGAGCUCUAGUUCGGAAUCGAUCACAACUGAAACAUCACUUCGCACUAGUGAAGUGACUGCACCCAAAGUAACUUUGCCAGCAAAGAGCAAUGUAGCUGUGGUGACAUCAAGCACACAACCAAGCAAUGCUGUCGAGGAUACAUUCGAAACCACUGACAGUGGCCAGUAUGAUGAGUCAGAAUACGAUGACGACGAUUACGAUGAUGAUGGUUCAAAAAUCAGUGUUGCAACACCGACCACACAAAAGGCAACCACACCGAUAACAACAAUUCCAAUCGCAUCUCAGGAAACAACAAUACCCGAACGAACGACUGUUCCGAUUGUAACAACUUCGUCCACAGCACUGCCUACAACGACCGUUCAACCGACUACAACGACCGAAGCAUACGUUGAACCCGAAAAUAUUAACAAUGCACCAGUGAUAAAAGCACGAUUAAUGAAACUUCCCGUCACCGCUGGAAAGACGUUCAAUCAAAUUGUGCCAUUGGACACAUUCUAUGAUGCAGAAGAUGGUACCAAUUUGAAACUUGAACUAUUGGACAAACACGAGAAACCAUUGGAGGCAAAAUCAUGGAUUCAAUUCAAUCCAGAUACAAGAAGCAUUUAUGGAUUGCCCCUUGAAGAUGCCGUAUCGAAGUGGCAAUUCAAAUUGCGAGCCACAGACAAUGCAAAUGAGAGUGUGGUCGAAUCACUGGAUAUUACGGUGCAACAGCAUAAAGCAUAUCGAAGCGUGAACCACGAAAUCAUUAUCGCUGUGAAUUUGUUGACUGAAUUUGCCAGCAAUGUUGAUUGGGAAAUGCAUUUGAUUAAGGGAAUUGUGGAUACUUUGGGCGAUACGUCUACGUCUAGUGUGCUUGUUCGUGAUAUUCGAUAUGGCAUUCAGGAUUCAAAUGCGGCCACAUUCAUUUAUACAAACGAAUCAUUGCCAAAGGAUGUGUGCCCGGAAAUGCAACUAAAUGAAAUUACCGCCAAAUUGACACCGACUACACUGAGCAACGCCGUAUCACCGCAAAUGUCCAUCAAAUCGAUUGAGGGCAAAACAAUUGGAACAUGUUCGAAACCAGAAACCGUUAAACCAACCGCUCCAAAACCAACGCCACACAUGAUGAAAAACUAUCCACCAAUUGCACGAAACCAAGUCGAUCGAGUCAAUGCAACCAUCAACCAAUUGCUUGUAUUCAAAGUACCAUCGGAUACAUUCUACGAUCCAGAAGACGGAACUGAUUUGGAAUUGAACUUGCUCACAUAUGAACGCAGCAAAUUGGAUCCCAAAUAUUGGCUGCAAUUCGAUUCGAAAAAUCAAGAAUUUUAUGGUGUACCGAAAUUUGGCGAUGCUGGCCAACGUGAAUACGUGUUGGUAGCCGAAGAUAAGGAAGGUUUACAGGCAAGCGAUGCCCUUGUUGUUGUUGUCAGCCAACCACCACACCGGGAAUACAGCACGGCAUUCGAAUUUACAUUGAAUAUGCCGUACGAAGAUUUCAACAAUUCACUCUCACAACGUCGUUUCAUCGAGCGCAUUGCACAGAUUUACAACGAUCCAACCACCUCGAACAUUCAAAUCCGUUCCAUUCGCAAAAUUCAUCAAACCGGCUCAACAUACGUAACAUUCUUCAAUACCACACUGCAUCGUCCACACAACGUGUGUCCAACUGAAGAAAUUGAUACGUUGAAGAAUAUUUUGUUGCACAAAGACGGUUCGAUUCGUUCACGUGUCAAAGAUAUCAUCGGAAAUGAAUUUGAUCUCGUUAAAAUUCAUUUGGCACCGACCGGCCCCUGUUUACCAACCGAUCAGAAUAAAGUCCUUACCGCGAACAUACCAAUCAAACCCGAUGACAGCGAUCCACUCAAUUUCAAAGACGAUCAUCUUCUUACAUUCAUUCUUCCAGCAGUCAUCAUAUUGGCCAUGCUCUUCCUGACUUGUAUCAUUGCCUGCGUUUUGCAUCGCCGUCGAAUGACUGGUAAAAUGGAGCUUGGUAAGUAUGCUGGCGAUGAGGAGGAACGCAGAGCGUUCCGUUCAAAGGGUAUUCCAGUUAUCUUCCAAGAUGAAUUAGACGAAAAACCAGAGAUCGGAAACAAAUCACCAAUCAUUCUGAAGGAUGAGAAACCACCAUUGCUACCACCAUCAUACAACAGCACAAACCCAGACGAUCAUGAGGAUUUAGAAGACUAUAUACCGCCACCAGCCGUUGCAAUGAGCGGACGAGAAUCGCGUGGAAAAUCACCAGUGACGCCAUCAUACCGAAAACCGCCACCUUAUGUCUCGCCUUAAACCAAACGUCAUUCUACAUUUAAUACUCACACAGGACUAACUUUUAUAAGAUAAUAAUUUAGGGUUAUCAGUUUUUCGGACGAAGCGAGCCAAAUAACAAAACACAACCAACUAAAAAUUUGACCACAUUUACAUAGAAACUCACAUAAUUUUGUUCGUUUUAUUCUUUUUUCUGUUGUAUCGUAAGAUAUAUCAAAGCAAGAAAAAAAAAACGAAAUGACGAGCAGCUAAAUUGAAAAGAAAAACUCUUAAGCUAAUCAGAACUGACGUAAUUUAGUGCUUAUGUGUCACCAAGAGCGAAGCGAGAAGAACUUUGUUCUGCCAGUGAUGGCCAGUGUUAUGCAAUUUGUAUAUCGAGGUUGAAGAUUUGUAUUUUUUUUUAAUUUGUCUCGUCGUCGUAAUGAAUUCACCAAAUUCAACGUCUCUCAUAAAAUAACGAAGGAAGAACAUAGUAGCAUAUAGAUAUAUAUAGUCUUUUCACUUUUGAGACCAUGUGAACCAUCGAAUUUUAUAGUAUCUAAAACAAAUACACACACACACAAUAAAAAUCAUAAUGGAUUUAGAUUAUAACUGAAGGGAAAAAUAAUGAUCAUUUGAACACGAUUUCAAGUAAUUUGUUCUUUCCUUUCGAUCGGCGAAAAAACUUCCGAUUCAUCAUUUUGAAUUUUUUACAAUAAUAAAUUAUACGUCUUUGUGUGUUUUAAUUUCAUUUUUCAAAGAUUAUUCUAAACAUGAGAAGAAUAAGAAUAGAAAAACAAUCAUACAAAUUGAUUAAAAAUCGCUUUCUAAGAGAAAACUAUCAAAAUUGAUUUAAAUAAAAAUGAAAAUUUAGAAAUCACAAAUAUUUAAAAAUUGAGACAAAAAAAAAUAGGAAAAAUCAAAUACUAUCUCUGAAUUGGUAAAUAAAUCAAAAAUGUUAAAUAAAUUGAGAAAAAAACACAUCCAUGUGCUUAUGUUUGUAAUUGGCAAAUAGUAUUUUAUUUGCUUUAAUAGCAGAAAACAAAAUUAGGAAUAACAAAGGAUUAAUAAAAUAAUUGAUGAAUAAAAAGGAAAUUGCAUGCAUCCAUUUUAAAAUGCGCAUAUGUAACUGUAUACCAAUCAAAUUUUGAAUACAAAAAUGUAAAAUGAAACGAAAAAGAAAACAGAUUAUAUAUCCAAGUCUCUUUCAGUUCUUUGUUUUUUCUUUCUCUUUUGAACGAGGAGCUUAAGAUAAACCAUUAUUAUUUCGAACGUUUAUCCCAAAUUUCUUCGGUUUCUAACUUCUUAUAGUUUUAUAAUAAUAUGUCAUAAUAUCCAGAAUUCACUGCCUCGGGUCAACUGUUUUAUAAGCAUUUAUUCGAAUGAAAACAAAAGUAAACAUAUUAUGAGUAAUAAAAAACUUAAACGAAAUUGAUAGAUCUAAACAAAUGGGAUUAAAAACUAAUUAAUCAAAUUAAGUGAGAAAUACAUUUUGAACGAAUGAAAGUAGAAGAAGGAGAACAAAUAAAAUGACCAAGUACCAUACAAAAAUGCUGAGAGUUGAAACUGAUACAUUUUUUUUUCGUGUGUACGUGUGGAUUUUUGAAUGUCAAUCAUAAAAUUAUGGAAUUUGUUAAAUGUUUGGGCGAGUUUUUCAGCACUGGUCAGCGAUUUGAAGAAAAUAAAACAACUCCAGAAUAAAAAAAAAACAAAAA